AUGCUUUCGGGAGACUCCUUAUGGGGGAAAUGGAUAAGGGUAAAUCUUCUGAAAGGAAAGAGCUUUUGGGAAGUAAAGUCUAAUGUGCAAAACGGUUCUUGGAUGUGGCGGAAGAUGUUGAAACUAAGAGAGGUCGCGAAGCUGUUCUAUAUGAAAGAAGUGGGGAAUGGGAGACAUACGUCUUUCUGGUUUGACAAAUGGUCUGAGAAAGGCCCUCUGAUUGACAUACUGGGUGAUCGUGGUAUUAUAGAUAUGGGAGUAAGAAGAGAAGCGACAUUGGAGGAGGUGGUUCUUAAUACCAGAAGAAGAAGAAGGCAUCGUACGGAGCAGCUGAAAGACAUUGAGACUGAACUGAGUGAUAUUGUGAGGAAUUUUGAUGCAGAGAAAGAGGAUUUAUGUUUGUGGAAAAGGAAAGCUGGAUAUGCUAAGAGUUUCUCAACAUUUGAAACAUGGCAGCAGCUGCGAGAAUGUAAAUCUCAAUGUUUAUGGGCUAAUGGUGUUUGGAUCUCUCAAGCUACUCCAAAGUAUGCGUUUAUGAUGUGGCUGGCUGUCCGUAAUAGAAUGUCAACACUGGACAGAGUAGCUUUAUGGUGCCAAGGGCUUGACACUACAUGUGUUCUCUGUAAAAGUGCUGCAGAAUCAAGAGAUCACCUAUUCUUUGAGUGUUCCUUUUCAACUCAGGUCUGGGAAUACAUAGCUAAAGGUGUCUUACGAAGCUCCUAUACUAAUGUCUGGUCAGAAAUUUUGACUUUAGCUGUGGAUGAGAGAAGGGAGAAGAUGAGUAAGUUCUGUUUGAGAUAUGCCCUUCAUGCUACAUUGUAUGCAGUGUGGGGAGAGAGAAACAAGAUAAAGCAUGGGGACAAACCGUUGCCACUGCUAGCGCUCAAUCGAAUGGUAGAGAAAGGAAUUCGAAACAAGAUAAGCGUGAUGAGGGGAAAGAGAAUCAAAGGAAUGGAUAAGCUAAUGCAGUUUUGGUUCCAAACUAGAAUGUAA